CAUCACGUGACCUGUCCGACGGCUCCGUGCUGUGGAAGCGUUCAUUUCAUCUCGUUAAGGGGGUGGGAUUCGAUUCGACAGGUCUCGGUAGUGGAUGCAAGGAGUUUCGUCGUUUAUAGGUCUGUUGUUGUGUGUUGUGGUGGGAAUAGGUAUUCAAGUUCAUUUUUUUUGUGCGGUCGUUUCACUUUAAAUGUUUUGAUCGCGCGAGUGCAGUUCUCGCAGUUAACUUUUGUGUGUCAAGACCAUGCAACUACUGUAACAAUUCGUGUAAAUUCUGACCGUUGGAUAAUUAUCCAGGGAAUUACAGUUUUACAUGAAGAAAUGUGAAAAUUAAAACUCCAGUACUGUCCCAGCAUUUGAGUGAAGGAAUUGAGGAAGACCAUCAGUAAUCUCAGAAUGGCAUUUGUCACAACAGAGAAUCGAACUUCAGCCUAAAGAAACAAAUUCUUAGGGAGCUUUGUUUUUCUUUUCCUGAAGAAUACAAUUUUGAACAGUUAACGUGGCUGAACACUAUUCACCAAGUGACCUCUGACCUCUAGCAUUAGGAGGUCUACUUUGCACCUUAGUAAUAUGCAACAAGAAGACUGAAGCACUUGCACAUAGGAUGGACACCUCCCUCCUGGUGUUCAUACUGGCCAUAGCUAAUCAUGCUCAAGGAUCACAGUUGUCGGACAACACACGAGUGUGUGCAUACAUGUACAAGACAGUGGAGCAUCUGUCGAUCCACAAUGCAGACGAUGAUGAGAGCUCGGAGGACUAUGGGGCUGCUGAUGUACAGGGUAGUGCUCCAGAGCAGCAAGAGAAAUGCAAGAAAGCGUCCAACUUCUGUUAUGCUCUGUGGAAAGAGGAAGCUAAUGGCACCAGCAUCUUGGGGCAGGGAUGCUGGGAGGUGUCAGGCAAGCAGGACUGCCACCAGAACGCAUGUGUCGCCAACAAGAAGCCCCCAAAGGCACUGAACAACACAAAAUUCUGUUGCUGCAACAGUGACCUAUGUAACAUGAAUGUCUCUGAUGUGUAUGUAGCUUCCCAAGCAGAUGAUCCUAAUAUUGAGUCUCCAGCAACAGAGUUCCUGGAGCAGCCCGCUGCCGACAGACUUGCAUGGAUCAUCCCGUUGGUGUGCGUGUCCGCAGUUGUGAUGAUGGUGGCAGUAGGUGUGUUGAUGUAUCGGUUUUGUCGUGACGGUGUCAUGGGUGCCUGCAAGCCAGCUCCUGAUGCUGUCCAUCUGAUGGAGCAUGGGGGUACUAAUGGCCUGCAUUCUGGCAGCUAUGCUCUUGAGCACCUGAAGCUUUCCACUAUCGUUGGUCAAGGUCGUUAUGGGUCAGUGUGGAAAGGAACAGUCAAUGACCAGGAGGUGGCAGUAAAGAUCUUCCCCAGCCACUACCGCAACUACUUCUACAAUGAGCGUGACAUCUACUGCCUUCCCUUUAUGGAUAACCCAGCCCUGCUUAACUAUUUUGGUUACAUUGAAAGAGAGAGUCUGGAAAACUGUGUGGAGUACCUUCUAGUUUUGUCAUAUGCCCCAAACGGUGCUCUGCAAGACUACCUCAGAACAAAUGUAUUGGAUUGGCCCACAUUCUGCAAGAUGUCUUUAUCUGUAGCUAGGGGGCUAGCCCAUCUGCACACAGAUGUAAGAAAAGGAGAUAAGAUGAAACCGUGCGUUACUCACCGGGACCUGAAUUCUCGUAACAUCCUCGUGAAGGCAGACCUGUCCUGCUGUCUGUGUGACCUGGGAUUUGCUAUGAAGAUCUCCGGUUCAAAAUACUUCCACAAUGGGGAGGAGCAACAUGCAGAGACCAAGUCCAUCAAUGAUGUGGGCACGCUACGCUACAUGGCACCUGAAGUGUUGGAGGGGGCAGUUAAUCUGAGAGAUUGUGAGUCAUCACUGAAACAGAUAGAUGUAUAUGCCUUGGGACUUGUUCUCUGGGAGCUGGCAUCACGGUGCUCAGACCUGUACCAGAGCGGAGCAGAGAUACCGCCAUACAGACUGCCAUUUGAGGCAGAAGUCGGUCACCACCCGACGUUCGAACAGAUGCAAGUUCUGGUGUCACGCCAUAAGGCACGCCCACUCUUCCCAGCUUUGUGGCGUGACUGGACUGCUGUCAGGCUGGUGCGAGAGACAGUGGAAGAUUCCUGGGAUCAGGAUGCGGAAGCUAGACUCACCGCGCUCUGUGUCGAAGAGCGGCUCCAGGAAUUGCCCACUCUCUGGGACCGCCAGCGAGGAACAAUCUAUGUAUCCGGGGUGAGCCCAACAGUGAACCCUACCUUUCCUAAUGGUGGGACACAGGGCCAGUUGGCGGCAGCAGCGCGCACCAAUGUGAACAACAACACAGGAGCUGCAGUUGUGUCUGGAGCACUGCAGUCGGACUCCAACAGAUUGCUGCUGCUGGAGUCAGGGGAAGAAACAGGCUGCUCCUUGCGGUCUGGGAGCCAGAGUAGUGCCACGUUUGGUAAAGACACACAAGAGUCGACCAUGUCAGAGGGAACUGUGGAGACAAUGGUCACCAUGUCUCCAUCGGAACCGCACAUCGACUCAUCAUACAAGAACUCCAAUCACACUGCAACAGUAGUGAACAAUUGUGGUGUGCCAUCAGCCAUUCAGUCGCAGUCACGAGGGCCCCUGCAGCCAUACCAGGGACGAAACCCAUGCAUGGAACGGAACCUGAUGCUGCAGGCUCCAUCAGACGAGGAGCUGUCCUGCAACGGUAACACUUUGGUGGAUCGUUCUUCCAAGCAUACUGCAGGCCACUAUAUGUCAACGUUCGAAUCGCAGUCAUUGGUAUCGCAUGACUACCUGGGCAUGUCACAGGGCGUAAAUAACAACAGCCUGCGUCCUGCGACUCCAAUUCCAUACGUUCAAAAUGCUGUGUAUGACUCCAGCAACACUACCACUUAUGCCACAAUACCUAAACAACCGAACAUUCCUGGGAAUGGAUCUGCCUUGGGCGAUGGAAGCAAAAGUGUGUCAAAGUGGGGAAACUGGGGAAGGAGUGGUGGGUGGGGAGGGUUGCGGAAACUGCUGGACUCAAAGAAACAUGUGCUUUUUGGAAUGUAUACAUCCAAAGAUAGAUGUGGCUGUGAACAUACAAACAGGAUGGUAUCUAAAGACAAUGAUUCUCUGAUUGAGAGUGAUGAGUCCAAGUCAAAUCUUUUGGUUCGCCAGAACGGGUUGAUGCCAGCCCUAAAGAAAACUCCCAUGAUCAUGGAGACUCAAGUGUGCCUCCUUCCAGCAAGUGGAAAGAAGAACGGGGUGGUGACAUCAGUUAUGUCCCCUGUAAACCAAUACAGUGAGGAGAACCAGAACAAUAAAAGUAUCGGUGAGGAAGAGGUCUCUAAAACUUCCAAGAACCGCAGACCAUCAACCCUGCCACUUGUUAAACAAAAUUCUGCCUCACGACAGAGUCUCGAGGAGCAUUUCCAGCAAGUGUUUGGCACGCGUCACUCAGACUCCACCACACGCCUGUUGAAGGACCCCAAUUCUCGUGUGAAAACACCUGGUGAUGUACCACCGUCUGUGAGACGAAUACGUGGCAAGGGGAACUUAAGUGCCAGGUUCUCACUGUAUGAUGACAGAAUGAUGACAAGUGAUUACUAUGGGCAUAAAGCUACUUCGUCACCAGGUGGUGAAAAGUUCGUUAAGAAUGAUAAUGUUGGUCAGACCUUGUCAAGUUCAGUGCCAACCAAUAUAGAUAUCUCUUGUAAUGGAACUGUGUUGAAGAACAAUGAUGCCAUAGCAGCAUCAAGUUUCUGAGGCAGCUGCGACUAAACGAGGGAAGGUUUGCAGGUAUCUCGCAGUAGAAGUAAUAACGCACCACAUGUUGCACAUGUGUUUGGCAUAAGUAUCUCACAUUGCUUGUGGAAACUGUACUAUGCUUCAUCCAUGGGGAAACCCCAUUCAUACUACAGUAAACCCUCGCCAGUCUGGAUCAAUUGGGGGGGGGUCAUCCGGAUUAAGUGAUAAUCUGGAUUAGUGAAGCCAGAGGUAGUCCUAAAAGGCAAAAAAGAAACUUAGAACACAAAUAAAUGGAAAAUUUAAU